AUGGAGAAUAAGAAUGAAAAUAAUUUAAAUAAGGUUUUUGAUUUUGAUGAAAUUAAAAAAAGCGAUGAGAAUGCUUCUAAAAAUAUUGAACUAUUUAAAAAUGCAGGAACUAUUGAAAAUGUUAAUAUUCAAAGAAAAUAUUUGAAUUAUAAUAGUAGUUCAAGUGAUUCAAGUGAUUCAAGUGAUUCAAGUGAUUCAAGUGAUAUUCAAAGAGAGAAUCUAGGUCACAUUGAAUCUCCAAAUUAUAAUACAGAACCAGGAUGUUCAACCAGUGUUGAGAAUGAGAAUGCUUCUAAAAAUAUUGAACUAUUUAAAAAUGCAGGAACCAUUGAAAAUGUUAAUAUUCAAAGAAAAUAUUUGAAUUAUAAUAGUAGUUCAAGUGAUUCAAGUGGUAUUGAAGAGUUACUUAAAGAUCUCAAACAUAUAGUUAAAGAAAGAUUAAAUCUCUGUCAGAGAAAUAUAAAUUCUAAAACAAAUGAUAAUACUGCUUCAAACUUGACCAAAAAUGAAAUAAAUAAUAUCAUUGGUAUUGAUAAUAGUGAUGGACAACUGAAAAAUUCAAAUUGUAGUACCGAUUCUAAAAAUGAUUAUCGUUUUGAUUUAGUCUCUAGUUCAGGAACUGUACAACAUAUUAAUAAUGAACCUUCAGUUAAGAAUUCAUCGAUAAAUCAAAACUUUGUUCGAGACCGAACUGUUUUUCAAAAUAGAGGUUACGAUACAAUAAUUCAAAAUGAAUAUUUGUUUAAAAAGGCUAGGAAAGAAGAACAAGCUGGAAAGUCAUUUGUAAAUGAUAUAUUAAAUGUCACUGGUAAUAAAAAUUUGUAUCCCAUUGAUGAAAUUGCAUUAAAAAAUGAUAAUGAGGUUGACGACAAAAAGGAACAUUGUUACCUUAAUCCAUUGUCACCAGAUGAAUGGCUUAAGGAAACUACCGAAUAA